GCGUCGCUACGGCUAACGUCUUCACUUGGGAACAAACCACACAGACAACCUAAUAUGACGCGAAUAAGGGCGCCGGCCAACCUGCCGGAACUGGUGAAGAACACCUUUAACAAGGCCAAGAGCAACGGCGAUGUAAACUUUUACCCCACGCAGGCCACGGUCCUCCAUGUCAACUCCAUCCCUUUCCAACUCCGCUUCUCCCCAGCGCUAGCCUCCAAGCCCAAGCCCCCAAAGCCCGCCCCAUCGAACGCCCCCGGCACCAAGCAGCCGCCGCCGUUCAACCCCUUCGCCGACCCGUCGCCGGCCCUCCUCGUCGCCCGACUCGACCCGCCGUCGCACGUUCUGGUGCUCAACAAGUUCGCCGUCGUGCCCGAGCACUUCAUCCUCGCCACCGCCUCCUUCGAGCCCCAGGCCCACCUCCUGUCCGCCGCCGACCUGGCCGCGGCGCGCGCGUGCGUCGACGCGUACCACGACGCUUCCUCCGCCGACGGCGGCGGCGGCAGCCUGUUCGUCUUCUUCAACAGCGGUCCGCACAGCGGCGCCAGCCAGCCCCACCGCCACCUGCAGCUGCUCCCCGUCGACCGCAUGCGCGACGGCCUGCCGCCCGGGUCGGGCUGGCGGGUCCUGGCCGACGCGCUGCUGCCUGACGACGGAGACGGCGACAACGACGGGGCGCAAGGGGGGGACGACGACUCGCUGCUGCUGCUGCCGUUCCGCUGCUUCGCCGAGCGGCUCGACGGCGCCGGCGGGGGCGGGAGCAGCGGCGAGGCGCUGCGCGCGGCGUACCUGCGGCUGUACCGGCGGGCAUGCGAGGAGGUGCUCGGGACGACGGCAGAGGAGGAGGAGGAGGGGGAGGCGCGCAUCAGCUACAACCUCGCCAUGACCAGGGACGUCAUGGCGCUGUGUCCGCGGCGGGCCGAGGGUGGGCCGGUCGUGGCUGGGGACGGUGGAGAGGAGGUGGGCAGGCUGGCGCUCAACGGGACCGUGCUGGCCGGCACGGCGCUCGUCAAGUCGCAGGCCGAGUGGGACGCGCUGAGGGCGGACCCGGGGCAGCUGGUGCGGGUGCUGGCCAGGAUAUGACUUUUUGAUCCCGCGCUGCUGCCUGUCUAAUCUCUCGCUCUACGCUGGUAUCAUUGGUCUUGGUUGUGUUCCUAGGUAGUAUCUAGGUCACUUCAAGUGAAAGGAAGGAGGCAACAUUAUUUUCCUCG